AACAGCAGUUCUGGGUUUCCCUGAGGCCAGGAUUGAUGCAUUCUCUCUUGCUGGUAGGGAAUAGCUCCCUUGUUCCCCCAAGCCCUCCCAUGACCUGGGCUGGGAGACCUCCAGAGAGGUCACAGGCACGGAUGAUGGGCCUAACAACCUCCCAGAAUGGCUCCUUAGUUCUCUGCCCUCAGGCAUUUAUCUGCAUUCCUGCAAAAUGCUGAAGGCAAAAUGUGAUCAUCUGCAGGCACAGGGAGGACCUGGCCGGGUUGAGUUACUGAGUCUGGGGAUCGAUCAGAGCCCCCAAGACACUGCUCUGCAAUUGGCAGUCUAUAUCCUACAGCUCUCGACCCCAGCUAGCACAAAUGCUAAGUGGCAUAAAAUCAACCCCUUGCUCCUUCAUUCUGCCUUGGUGGAGGGAAAGGUGAUCGCUCAAAUCCAAGGAUUUCAAAGCAGAAGCAUCACUUCAGGUUGAGGCACCCAUGGCAGAUCAGAGCACCAUGCCGUGAGCAUGAGUUAUCAUAGCCCGUACCAUGCCACCAGGCAGCCACAGCUCCAUCUUCCUCCUCGUGCCCGCAGGGACCUCAGUGUUGAUGCAGGACUGACUCACGCCCAGUUCCAGGUUCGUCCAGUCCCUCAGCCCUAUCAGCAUUAUUUGGCUACACCUCGGAUGCAACAUUUCCCCAGAAGCACAUCCUCAACACAGAUGGUUGUUCAUGAAAUCAGAAAUUGCCCUUAUCCUCAGCUCCAGUUACUUGCUCUUCAGGGAAUGAACCCUAGCAGGCACACGUCGGCUGUGCGGGAGAGCUAUGAAGAGCUGCUGCAGCUGGAGGACAGGCUGGGCAGUGUGAGCUGGGGUGCCGUGCAGAACACCAUCGAGAGGUUCACCUUCCCCCACAAGUACAAGAAGAGAAGACCACAGGAGGGCAAAGCUGAACAAGAGGAUGGAGAGGAGUCGGAUACUGAUGAGAAAUGCACAAUCUGUCUGUCCAUGCUUGAAGAUGGAGAAGACGUCAGGAGGCUGCCCUGCAUGCAUCUCUUCCACCAAGUGUGCGUGGACCAGUGGCUGGCCACCAGCAAGAAGUGCCCCAUCUGCAGGGUGGACAUUGAAACACAGCUCGGCUCGGACAGCUGAAAGGACUGGCUGGACACACCAUUUUCCUUAUCAGGUCGUAUGGCCAUAAACCCUUGCAGCAAAAUUUUUGCCUUCUGAGCCAUUUGAUUGAGAGGAAAAGUCUGCAGGCACAUUAACGAGGAGGAGGAGGUGGCCGUACAAUAUCUAGUGGUAGGAGAUAUUGCACAUACACAGGAUAUGGGCCCGGUGAAAGGGAGCUGGCAUUCCCAGAGCUCAGAGACCCCAUGCUGCAGAAGAUUUAGUGUUGAACAUGAAGGAACUAGUUGUGGUAGUCUGGCCUGUCAAUCCUGCAUUUCAUGAGGAUUGUAUAUACACCUCUCGAAUACGUAGAAAGAUGUUAUAGGGGUCCUUUAGCUAUUUCUAUGGAUGGCAGCUGGAGCAUGUUAGCUUAAGAAAUGUUGUU